ACAAUAUUGAGGAUACGAGAAAACCUUCAUCUCCUGGUUGCCGGUCGCUUCGACAUUAAUGAAAUUCUGGACAUGGUGGCCCUUAAUGGGCCGGAGCACAUUGAGCCUGGAGAGGGCCCGCUGCAGAAUAACAACAGGAUAAUCGAACAGGAUGGACUCAAUGACCUUUUGGAAUUUUUCUGCACGGGGGUACUUUGGACUACGCUGAUGCACCCGUUCCAUCAUGCCGGUGUAUUGAUGCAACUGGGCUUUGAACCUUUUCCUGAGCGAUGGAUUCUUCGCCCUCUUUCGGGGUCUCAAGGCGAGCAUCGCGGGAAAUUUUACUUCCUACCUGAUGGAGGCAGCUAUGGCGGCGAUGGGUCUGGAAACUCGCAAACUCACCCAUACGACUGGGACUUCUGUGAAGGAUGUCUCAUGGAACUUGCUAGUCAGAAGCAUCCGCUUGACCUUGAAUCUGGUCGUCACGCAGCCGUUUACUGUAGUCUUGACUCGCCAGAUCGCCCAGUUUAUAGGUUGCGAAAAUGUCUACAAAACUAUGGGCCAAACCAUCUGAAAUUUUAG